AUGUUCGCUAAGGCUAUCGUCGCUCUGUGCGCUAUAAGCGCGGCUCGCGCUAGCGGUAUCUUGGGCGUUGCCCCAGCGGCGUACAGCAGCCACGCCAUUGCUGCCCCCGCUCUUGUCACCAGGACCAUCACACCCGCCGUUUCCUCUGUGUCCUCCUACUCCACUCAAACCGCCCACGCCGGUCCCAUCGCCACCUAUGCGGCCGCCCCAGCGAUCGCGUCUUACGCUGCUCCCGCCAUCGCAGCUCCAGUCGUCGCUGCCGCCCCCGCCAUCACCACAAGCUAUGCCGCAGCGCCCGCCGUCGUUAGCAGGACCAUCACUCCCGCUGUCUCCUCCGUGUCGUCGUACUCCACUCACACCUCGCACGGAUCUCCCAUUGCGACAUACGCCGCCGCUCCCGCCGUAGCCACCUACGCCGCUGCCCCCGCAGUAGCUUCCUACGCCACCCGUACCAUCGCCGCACCCGCCGUGGCAGCAUACGCUGCACGUUCCUACGCCGCACCCGCGUUGGCCGCGUAUGCAACCCGCUCCUACGCCGCACCCGCCGUAGCAGCAUACGCCGCCCCUGCAGUCGCGGCAUACGCUACCCGUACCAUCGCAGCUCCUGCUGCUACUUCCUACUCUUCCUACUCUACCCAGACAGCUCACAGCACCCCAGUGGUCUCUAGAGCGUACGCCGCUCCCGCAAUCGCCGCUUACGCUGCCCCCGCGUACUCUACUUACGCCGCCGCCCCCGCGUACUCUACUUACGCCGCCGCCCCCGCGUACUCUACUUACGCCGCCGCCCCCGCGUACUCUACCUAUGCCGCGGCUGCCCCCAUUCUCCGUUCCUCUGUUGCGUACUCUGCUGCUCCCGCAGUCUCUCACAUCUCCUACAGCGGUCACGGUGCUAACUAUGCGCGGCCCGCGCUAGCGGUAUCUUGGGCGUUGCCCCAAGCGGCGUACAGCAGCCACGCCAUUGCUGCCCCCGCUCUUGUGACCAGGACCAUCACACCCGCCGUUUCCUCUGUGUCUUCCUACUCCACCCAAACCGCCCACGCCGGUCCCAUCGCCACCUAUGCGGCCGCCCCGGCGUUCGCCUCUUACGCUGCUCCCGCCAUCGCAGCUCCAGUCGUCGCUGCCGCUCCCGCCAUCACCACAAGCUAUGCCACAGCGCCCGCCGUCGUUAGCAGGACCAUCACUCCCGCUGUCUCCUCCGUGUCGUCGUACUCCACUCACACCUCGCACGGAUCUCCCAUUGCGACAUACGCCGCUGCUCCCGCCGUAGCCACCUACGCCGCUGCCCCCGCAGUAGCUUCCUACGCCACCCGUACCAUCGCGGCACCCGCCGUGGCAGCAUACGCUGCCCGUUCCUACGCCGCACCCGCGUUGGCCGCGUAUGCCACCCGCUCUUACGCCGCACCCGCCAUAUCAACAUACGCUGCCCCUGCAGUCGCGGCAUACGCUACCCGCACCAUCGCAGCUCCUGCUGCUACUUCCUACUCUUCCUACUCUACCCAGACUGCCCAUAGCACUCCAGUCGUCGCUAGGGCUUACGCUGCACCUGCCGUGGCAGCUUACUCUACCCGCACUUACGCUGCACCUGCUGUGGCUACUUACGCCGCCCCAGCUGUAGCAGCAUACGCAACCCGUGCCAUUGCAGCACCUGCUGCCACUUCUUACUCUUCCUACUCUACCCAAACAGCUCACAGCACCCCAGUACUGGCUAGGACCUACGCCGCUCCCGCAUACUCCACCUAUGCCGCUGCCCCUGCCUACUCUACUUACGCCGCCGCCCCCGCCUAUUCUACAUAUGCUGCGGCUGCCCCCAUCCUCCGUUCUUCUAUCGCUUACUCUGCCGCCCCCGCAGUCUCCCACAUCUCCUACAGCGGUCACGGUGCUAACUAUGGAUGG